AUGGCUGCGCCUCUCCCGCCGCCGCCGUCGCCACCGCCUGCCGACCGCGGCGGGUUCCACCUCGCCAUCGUGUGCGCGCUGAAGCUCGAGGUCGACACCGUCUCGCUCCUUUUCGACGAGAUCUACGAGCGGCCGUACGGGCGCGUCGCGGGCGACAACAACCACUACUCCACGGGUCGGGUCGGAAACCAUGCCGUUGUGCUCCUGCUGCUGCCCGACAUGGGCACGCGCUCGGCCGCCUCGAGCGCGGCGGCCCUGCGUAUAGCCUACCCCAACGUCGAGCUCGCCCUAAUCGUCGGCGUCUGCGGGGGCCUGCCCCGGAUAGACGGCGACGACGCCUUUCUAGGCGACGUCGUCGUUAGUAAAAGCAUUUUCAACUACGACUUUGGCAGGCAGUAUUCGGGCGAGUUCGUCCCGAAAACAACUGUUGAAGAUACCCUUGGCCGCGCCGGUAGGAACGUCCGCAGCUUCCUGGCUUUGCUCGAAACGGAGCACCAGCUGGGCCUCCUCCAGAGGGCCGCCGCGGGAAACCUUGCCAGCCUGCGGGAGGCCGCCAAGAGCAGGAGCCGGCGAGCCGACUACAGGGCCCCCCGCAGGAGCAGCGACAGGAUCUUCGCGGCCGACUAUCCACACAGGCACCUCAGCGGCUGCGCGGCCUGCGCCGCUGAGGCGUUUUGCGAAGAGGCCGCCGGCCUGUCCUGCGCGGCGCUCGGGUGCGACGAGGACAAGCUCCUGUCGCGAAGGGACAGGCGGCCCCUAGAUUCCGUGCCCCGCAUUUUCAUGGGCAAGGUGGCGUCGGGCAACGCCGUCCUAAAGUCGGGGAAGCGCCGCGACGAGAUGGCGCGGCGGCACGACGUGGUCGCCUUCGAAAUGGAGGGGGCCGGCACGUGGGACGAGGUGCCCAGCAUCGUGGUCAAGGGCAUCUGUGACUACGCAGACAGCCACAAGAACAAGGCGUGGCAGCACUUUGCGGCCGCCACGGCCGCCGCCGUGGCCGUCGCGAUGCUCGGGCGCUACGAAGUUGCCGGGGCUGGCGGCGUAGUCCCUGGCGCGGCGGCCGAGGAUCUGUCGCGGCAAACGCCGGACCGGACCGCGGGCAGCGUCCAGAACCUCUCGGUCGACAACCAUUCGAUUGGCAGCCACUUGGUCAAUAACCACACAACAGAGGAUCUCACGGCAUUGGAGCACAACAAGGUCUCUGGCCAUCUCCUUCAGGGGCUCAAUUUUCAAGGGGGCGGGAACGUUUUCAACUUUGGAGGCAAGUGA